AUUACUGGAGGAUGGCAGAAUGGCGGCGGAUAAUCCGCUACAGCAUUCAGCCGCUUCAGCUCCGUUGUCAUCGCUCACUGUGCUCGAUCCACGCUGGUGCCUCGGGUGUCCUUACGGUUGAAAUUGGAGGGGUGGCGGAUAAUUUGCUUCAUGAUACUUCAGUAUUCUGUUCUCAAACUCUUAGAAGCAAGGUGCAGCGUGAUUUUGAAGAACUACCAUGUGAAGCUUUUCGUCGGCUACAGAUUUAAAUGUAAGGAUGUAAUAUUAGCUAGUGCAUUUCUGAUCAUCUUCAUUCUUCCACAGAGUAAUCCGUGUUAAAUUUUCUCUCUUUCCCUGAACUUGUGUGGUUAUAGCUAAGAGUUUUAAUGGGUACUAUCAUUCAGUUUUUUAUGCAUUCUUUCAAACCUUGAUUUUGUUAUAUAAAUAUUAUGUCUGAGGUGCUACAUCUAUUAUUGGAACAACCUUUAUCAAAACCAUGAUAUUUUUCCAGUGUGUUAAUUUGCAUCUACUUUAUGCAAAAUUUACUGAAAUCAUUGCACAAGGGACCUCCUAAAGAAUGGUAUUUGGGGGAAUCUUCUUGAAGAAACAACCUCAGGUAUGAAAUUAAAAUUAGUGGUGACUUACUACAUCUGGAUGGAUCGGUAUACCAGGCGCCUCAGCUCUGCAACGUAUUCUCUUCUCAAGUUGUUAGUAUUCCUCUACCUUUUAUGAUUUUCCAAGCUUCAAAUAGUCACAUGUAUCUAUGUCGUUCUUCCAGCAUCAGAAUGUCUAUCGCAUCGUUGAAUGAUUUGGUAGUGGCCUUUGUUGCAAGCUCGCAUGUUUUUGAGUUUAUACAACCAUAUCAUAUCUUAAUCAUUUCUCUCUCUCUCUUUUGAUUCUUUAGGAUGCCAUAAUUUAUCUUUUUUAAUCUCUUAAUUCUGUCUUUCUAUAGUGGGAUUUCAAGUUUGUAAAGAUUCAAUGUCCAUGUUCGUUCCUCCACCAUGCUAUUGAUUUUCAUAGCAGAUGUAGCUUCUUGCAUAAACUUGAGAUGAUAUGUAAAGCUUGCAUGUUGUUAGGCUUUACGUAUUGCUUGUCUAAUGAAGAGGUAUUUUC